AUGGGCACAAGAGCAGCCCUGAACAACCCGGGUGAGAACGUUGCAACAAAAUUGGUCGCCUGGGCUAACCACCCACUGCUUGUGACCCACUGUGCCCCCCACCGUUUGCAGUUGUGUGUCAUCUCAGCCUGGGGAGAUGACUACCUGAAGAAUCUGGAGAAGCAAUUGAAGGCCCUGUACAAAAACUUUUGGCUGUUUCAGGGACUAGCCACAUGGGAGGCCAGGAUCACCCUCUCGGGCAUUGCAGAUAUUCUGGAAAUCUGCAUGUCCUACAAGAACCGUCUGGAACGGGUGACUUCCUUCACUGCUGUUGAAGACUUGGCGAAAUCCUUACAACACGAACUAGACAGAUUCUGCCGUCAUAGUUCUGUUGUGUCCUCUGCCUUGGCCGGUGAUCGGGACUUGCCCGGGGGAGGCACCCACAUUGAAUAUAUUUGUGAAAAGUACCACCGAGAAAAGGGUCAAAAGUUGCACCUUCUCUACACAGCCCGCGAUCACCUGGUGAAUGAGUGGGUUCCAGUGAAAGAUUUUGACGGGCGAGAUGCCGUGAAACUCACCUUUCGGCGGCUCACAGACUUUGCGCAGACUUGUGCAGAAAAAGUCCUUGACAGAUUCUCUGCCAAGGCGUUCUGGGCCCAUGCUCACAUCUUUCGGCCUGACUACAACUUUGACAAAGAAACAUUUCAGACUGCCAUCUGGGAAAUGGGCAACCAUUUGAACAUGGAGACAGAGCCUUUGAUCCGGCAGAUGAGAUCCGCCUUUGCUGUCCGGGACAUGCUGUGUGAACGAUCAAAUUUUCCAUCUGCAGAGCUCCUCUGGAGCAAGACGCUGCAGGAGGUGAAUGAGAGAGGUGACCUUCCUCUAGCCGCCACGUGUGAGCGUGGCUUUGCAACCAUUACUCGCUUGCGAGACCGCUCGGGGGAAUGCAGCGCAUCCGUCUUUGAGCAAUAUCUUCAGGAAGAAGAAACCGGAACAAAAGGGUACCGCAGAAAAGGCAAGCUUCUCAUACCACGCAAAAGAAAGCAACGCAGUGACAGUGGCCAGAAGCGCAAAAACUACAAGAAAACGAAGACCCAUGCAGGUUUACGGGCUUUGCCGACGGCCCGGCAUUUGACUCGCGAUGGUGAUGCGGAAGUCCACAUGGGCGAAGCUCCGGACGAGGUGGAUGAACACGACAUUUGGAACCAGAUGUCGCCAAGAAAGAAGUGA